UGAAAAAUGAACGUGGAUUGGUAAAUUUUUAUCCAAUCAGAGUUUGCUCGGUUUCUUUUCACUGUUGCGUGACAACUCGGCGACCAUGUCGGGCGGCACGACGGGAUCUUGAUGGAGGCCCCCGCGGAAGAUACAACGAAGACGACGACUUGACCAAUUUCGGCCUUGGUUCCCAUGCGUCCGAGAGGUACCACUUGAGACACCAUGUCCUCCAUUCCACCGGACAGCUUGGCCAUGCCGGGGGUACCGGCGGUGGGGCCAGGUGCGAUUCCGACAACUCGAAUUUGAAAACGCCCCCACUCGAGCGCCAAUGACCGUGUCAAACUGUCCACGGCAGCCUUCGCCGCGGCUGCGUGCACUUGAUACCAAGUUGCAUGACGGUGAAGGUUCGCACUGAUGUUUACGAUCACCCCGUUGUUGUUCUUGAGAGCGUGAAAUGCAGCAGUGCUCAUGUUGAAAGUCCCCACCGCAUCAAUGUCCAAAACUGUGCGGAAUGCGUUCGUAGACAGGUUUUCCGCUGUGCUGAGAAAGUUGCCCGCCGCGCCAUUUACGAGAACAUUCAACGUGCCGUACGACUUCACGGCAAGAUCAACUGCGGCACGGGCAUCUUCUGGUCGACGGACAUCCCCAGCGACGAAUUUGGCAUCAAUACCGUCAGACGCGAGCACCCGUACUGCCUCCUGCAGGACUGUUUGUCGCCGUCCCAUGAUGACGAUCUUGGCGCCGUGAAGUCCAAGCUGACGGGCAAUCUCUUGCCCAAUGCCAGAUCCCCCGCCAGUGACCAACGCGACGCGGCCGCUGCAUGCUGUGGGAGCGAACGCAGACAUGGGUGCGAUGCUCGAUGGGGACUUCGGUUGUCGUGAAAGCACACACAGCGGUUCCUCAUAUAGUGUAAUGAUACGCAAACACACA